GUAAAAGGCAAAGAGAAGAAUAAUUUUCAAUAUAACACGGUGACCAAUUGUGCAACCCAAAAUCCACCUUCAGGCAUAUCUAACACUGCAGCUACAGCAGCAGGAUUGGCUGCAGCCCCAACUUCAGCACCGGAUACUCCACCGCCACCCAUACCCCGGCGUACAUUUCGUGGCAGUUACGCUUGGAAUACGGCAAUUGACUCGCCCACACUCACGUCUGCAAAUCAAACUCCAACCAAAGAUAAACAACAUAUCAGCACAGGCACCGCAUUUGUUUAUCCACCGCAAACACAAACGCUCUCACCCUGUCGCCGUCAACAGAGCCACACAGUUUAUUACAACACAAGCGGUGUUAACCCAUUGGAUUCGCCACAAAUACCCAAUCAAUUGCAAUCGCAGUCAUUGCUUGUUGACCUAGCCACACGUCCGCUCUACGUGGAUGCGGGUCUCGAUGCCGGCGGCAUUUCCGAUGAUGAUCGUAUGAGUUUGGAGAAUUCUGUAUUUGACGAGUCGCUGACAUCGACACCUGUCAAGGUCGCCUCGAAAGUUGCGACAGAAGGUACUGCGAGUGGGAAAUUAGCUAACAGCGCAUUCACAGCAAAAACAUUGGUCGCUUUCACUGGUGAAUUAAGUAACGCUGCAAAGCGAGCUAAUCGCUCAUCCAGCAGCACCGCUGACUCCACCAUUACAAAUUCAUCGGGUUACGGAUCGGGGCAUAGUGAGCGGUUUGCCUCCUCUUCGACAAGUGCCGACUUUCGCAGUCGUUUCUCAUCAGUGGAUACUCAAUCAUCAAUGGACAGCUGCCCAGCAGAGAAAACAAGCGACUUUUCACUUUCCAAGGACUGCUACAAAAUGGAGCGUACAAUGCUCAAUGAUGCCUUGAAUGACUAUAAUAAUUUGAAUAACAAUGAAACUCGCACUCACAUUGCUUGUAAUACGGUGGCCAGCAACAAUAACACACUGGGUAGUCGCCAAUCUACAAAUGCAACUUCUCAAACUUUAAGCGGCUUGAACCAGCAAAAGCCACCCACAGUUCCAGCUAGGAAACAAUAUGGAGAUGCAUCUAAAAUUCCACAUCCUUGCAGUCAGAAUAGUUCACAGCAGUCAUUACAAAGCAGUGGUUGCGGCAGCGGUAGUGGUAGUGUCGGCAGUAGUAAAGGUACUUCCACGGUCUCGGCCUCCACAUCCACGUCCUCGACAGUAUCUGCUGGUUCGGGUACUUCCUCGGGCUCGUUGUUGUCCGGUUCGGGUACCGCAUCGAAUACAGCUAUCUCUCCACUUACACAAAACUCAGCCAUUAUUUAUCAACAACCAAAACGUCCAGUACCACCGGUACCACCGGCACGCGGUCAAAUUAUUUCUGAACACAACGUCAAUAACAGUACACAAAUUGAAACAACAACAUCUUCAAAGGCACCACCACCAGCGGUAACCAUUCGUAAUAAGUUGGGUAAAAGUAAGCCCCCACCCAUCGUUUACCCAAAGCUGCAUCAGCGACAAGACUCGAAUUUGUCAAGUGACAGUUUUUCCGUCACUUCCAGCCCAGGAUAUAAUUCUAAGAAU